UUAAAAUCAAAUAUUUAUAAGAACCGAAACAUAGUUGCUGACAUCAUAUAGGCCUACAUUUAGGCUAUACUAACCUUAUUGUAUUUUUGCUUAAAUGUAAGACGUUAAAUAGUCUGUAGUUUUAGAGCAUCGCAAAGAAAAUCCACACUGAAAAUUUUACAAUAGGCUAUAGUAAAACGAUUUUAAAACUUAUUCCCUGUCGUGUUAAGAGUUUGUACAGACGAAUAAUGACAGCCCAAAAACCAGUUGAGUGGAACGCGGAAAACGAAAUAUGCUCGCAGCCAGUUAUUCAAGAUAUUUUCUUUCGUAUCACCAGGCGGUAAACAAAACUUUUUACCUUUUAAAAGAUGCUAGUCGAACUAGGCUAUGUGCAGAUAAUUUUCUAUAACAUGAGGUGAUAGAAAGAAUGCAGGGCAUAUGGAUAGAAUCAUCGUGCUACUUGUACUUUUAACAACAUCCGCUUCAAAUGCCUCUCAUUCUUUGUCGUUGCUUUCAACUUACAUUGAGGGAGAAACACAAUUUCCUAAAUUUAGUUACACAACAACUCUGGAUGACAUCACAGUCGGAUACUAUAAUUCAGAGACUUAUAUUCCAAAAGGGAAUGUGACGAAUGAGGAUGACGUGAUUAAUUCAGAUUACAUAAAGGAUGUUAGUAACUACAUGUAUUACUCCUUUGUGAGACGAUCUGCACUGUUCAGGCAACACAACCUAAAUGACGGUAGGCCUCUUGAAGUUUAUCAGACACUGGUUGUCUGUGAGCUGCUGGACCGUGACAAGCCUGGAAAGAUGAUUAUUAAAGAUGCUGCCGGAGGCUGCACCACAGAUGAGCUGUGUUACUUUAACAGCAACUUUACUUAUACUGUGACUGUAAAUAUUACACAAGAAGUGCUCAAACCCCACCUGGAAGACUUCAAACAGAAAUAUGAAAUUUUUUAUUACCCAGUUUGUAUAGAUACUCUCAAGAAUUACCUCAAAAAGAGACAAAAUGAAGUAAACAGAAAGGAUAAACCUGAAGUCAAAUUCAUUCAGAAAGCAAACUCAGAUUCUGGAGGGUCUCGUUUGAGUUGUUUGGCAACAGGAUUUUACCCUCGUCACAUCAACCUGACUCUGUUCAGAGACGAGCAGCCUGUAUCUGAUCAUGAGAUCACUGCAGGAGAUCUGCUGCCCAAUGAUGACGGGACGUACCAGAUGAGGAAGAGUCUGGAGAUCAGUGCUGCAGACAAACACACAUACACCUGCUCUGUCACACACCUCAGUCUGGACAACAAACUGGACAUCACUCUGGAAACCGAAUCAUUUAAUUCAGUGAUUCUCUUAGUGCUGAUAGUUUUGGUGGUGUUGGUGUUGGUGUUUGGGAUUGGAGCCAUCAUAUAUAAAUGCAGGACGAGAAAACCAGAUUCAGUCAGAAUUGGUUAUUCUGCUGCUUCUACAUCUAAAGAACAAGAAACAGCAACAAAUAAUGACUUGAAGCUACAUGGAUCAACAUCUUCAAACAAUGAAAAAAUGAGUUCCGACAGAUCUUUAUGAUGAAAGAUAAUAAAGAUAUUAGAUGCCAAGAGUAAAGUGUGAGGAUUCAAAUCAAAUUUCAAAAGUUCAAAAUGGUUAGUUUUUAUGUUGUGGUCUGCACAAAUCUUUUUUUAUUUAACACAAUCUGUCAAUUUUGAAAGCUCCUUUCCGCACUUUAAAUAUAAGCAUAUAUUUAGAUUUGCUGUCUUAAAUAUUAAAUGGUUUGUACACAGACCAUAACAGUAUUAUUUCACAAAAGUGACAAAUGUAAUAAUACUUUUUUUUUAUCUAAUU